CCAACCCAAACACAUUCCUCAUCCACUCUUAUCAGUCUAUAACAAAAAUGGGUUCCAAACCCAAACAUGUUUUUCUUGUCCUUUUCUUGGCUAUGGUUCUUUUUAUAUCAUCAGAAGUUGCGGCUAGAGAUCUCGCCGAGACUUCCACUACCGUUGACACUUCUGAGAAGACAAAUGGAGCUGCAGUGAACGAUGCCAAAUAUGGCGGUAACUACGGUGGUGGAUACCCCGGAGGAGGCGGUAACUAUGGUGGUGGAUAUCCCGGAGGAGGUGGUAAUUAUGGUGGCGGACGUGGUGGUUAUGGGGGUGGCCGUGGUGGUUAUGGGGGCGGCCGUGGUGGUUAUGGGGGCGGUGGUCGUGGUAACUACUGCCGCUAUGGUUGUUGUGGGCGGAACUACUACAGAGGUGGUUGCCGGUGCUGUAGCUUCGCCGGUCAGAAGGUGGAUGCUCAACCUCAAGGCAAGCCUCAAAACUGAAGAAGAUUGGCAUAUAUGUUUGUAUCCAUCUAGUUUUUAAAUUAUUACUGUGCUCUGUGGGAUAGUGUGUGAGAUAAAAAAAUAUAAUAUAAAAUAAUGAAUAAAAAAUGAAAGCAUGCAUGUAAAAGUGGGAGUGUGAGCGUAAUUGAAUUACCUUUUGUUUGAAUUAAACUCUCAUCAUUAAUGUAUUUUAUGUAUGUAUGUAUCCACACUAAUGUUGCUGUUCAUGUUGAAUAGAGUGAUUGAGAUAUGCUUUUGAUGUGCAAUUUACAUCCUUUCUC